UACUGUAGUGCUGGGCUGUAGUGUAGCCUAAUUGCUGGAAGCAACAUGAAAUUUACUAAAAGUCUACCAGACCUUACACCCACUGUAGCAUAUAGCCAGCCUACAACGGUCAUCAUUACAUGUCAUUUGUGUGUGAAUAAGGAUUAGCAGAAAAUUAAACAAAUGUUCUGUAGGCUAUAGGCUAGACAGAUUGUCAUGCUAAUAUUAAGAGACGACAAAGUGAAACCCAGUAGCCUAUUUGAUAUAACAGACAUCUCUCUGAAGAUUUUAGCCUUGUUUUUAAAGAUGAACAAAACUUGUAAUAAGACGGACGAGAGCAAAGACAAGAUUCUUUCCUCAAAGAGGGAACAUGCUGCAAUUGUCUUCUCUCUUAAGAAUGAAGUUGGAGGUCUUGUGAAGGCAUUGAAACUAUUUCAGGACAACCAUGUAAACCUUUUGCACAUCGAGUCGCGUAAGUCCCGACGACGUAACUCAGAGCUGGAGGUGCUGGUUGACUGUGACAGUGAUAGAGAAACACUAAAGGAAAUCGUUCAUCUACUUCGCAAGCAAACAAGCAUCAUAGCUAUGGAAUCACCUGAUGAAUUCAGCACUCCUGCAAAUGAUUUUUCUGAGGUGCCUUGGUUCCCUAAGAAUAUAUCAGACCUGGAUAAGAGUGCCAGUCGUGUUCUGAUGUAUGGAUCAGAUCUGGAUGCUGAUCAUCCGGGAUUCAAAGACAAUGUUUACCGUAAGAGAAGAAAAUAUUUUGCUGAUCUUGCCAUGAGUUACAAACAUGGUGAUCCCAUACCACGUGUGGAGUUCACAGAAGAAGAGGUGAAGACAUGGGGUGUAGUGUUUCGGGAGUUAAACAAACUGUACCCCUCACAUGCCUGCAAGGAGUAUGUCCUCAACUUGCCCCUACUCACCCAAUUCUGUGGAUACAGAGAGGACAACAUACCACAGCUGGAGGAUGUGUCCAGCUUCUUAAAAGAGCGAACUGGCUUUACCAUUCGCCCUGUUGCUGGGUAUCUGUCACCAAGGGAUUUUCUGGCUGGAUUGGCCUUCAGAGUCUUUCAUUGCACACAAUAUGUGCGUCACAGCUCAGAUCCGCUGUACACUCCGGAGCCGGAUACCUGUCAUGAGUUGCUGGGGCACGUUCCUCUGUUGGCUGAACCCAGUUUUGCACAGUUCUCACAGGAAUUAGGACUGGCUUCUCUCGGGGCGUCUGAUGAUGCUGUGCAGAAACUGGCAACAUGUUAUUUCUUCACGGUGGAGUUUGGACUGUGCAAGCAGGAGGGGAAACUGAGAGCAUAUGGUGCUGGGCUUCUCUCUUCCAUCAGUGAACUAAAGCACUCACUCUCAGGCAAUGCUAAAAUCUUGCCGUUCGACCCCAAGAUUACCUGUAAUCAGGAGUGUCUCAUCACUACCUUUCAAGAUGUUUACUUUGUUUCUGAGAGCUUUGAGGAAGCCAAAGUCAGAAUGCGUGAGUUUGCAAAAAUGAUCCAGCGUCCGUUCUCCCUGCGUUAUAACCCAUACACACAGAGUGUGACUGUGCUGAAGGACAUGCCUAGUAUUAACGGUGUGGUUGAAGAGCUCAGACACGAGCUGGACAUUGUAGGAGAUGCUCUCUGUCGACUCAGUGCACACCUUGGUGUUUGAGAAUCUGAUCACUGUUACUCAUAUUAAUACUGUAGCGCUUAUUUUGAUAUCGCUUAUAUCAGAGCACAUUGUGUACAGCAGUCUAAACACCAUUAACCCAGCAUUCAACACUACCAUACCUGCAGAGACAUCAAAUGAUCAACCUUUUCUGACUGUAGAAGUUAAUCACCCCUAAUGUCUACGGGAGCACCUUUUUAAUCCAUAAUAUCUGGCAGGUACAGCUAAACACUUUAAUAUCACUGCUUUCUAGAGGAGACCAUUUUGAGUCCUAUUGAAAUGCAAAUGAACUCUUCAUUAUUCAUUAUUGCCUAAACACUACCACCGCAAUACUUCCCUACAAAGGCAAAGUGCACUAACUACACAUUUCGUCAAAAUUGAGAUAUGGCUUGAAAAGGGGUUAGUGACAUCUGUUCUGUCUUGUGACCAGUCUCCUGGUUCAUUUUUGUCCCGUUUCAGAGAAACAAGAAUAAAAAAGAGUAACUGCCUGCAAUCACUGUCUGGUGUGAAAACUUUAAAGGCAUUUUUCUCAGUUUCAGUGUGUGCAUCGUUACUGCACUUUGCCUUUGUAGGACAAUAUAGCCAUCCUACAGCAAGUUUCCCUUACAUUACACAUUAUGUGUAAUUAUAAUAUAUAAAAUAUAAUAACAUUACACACCAAACAAGAGUUGCCCACCAGUUUGGGUUGUUUCAUUACAUAUGUCUUUUGAAUGCUGAACAAUUUAUUUAUUCCUUGUGAUAAAAAUCUGUGUAAGAGACACAUGGUUUCACUCAUUGGCUUCAUUCUGCACUCCUCCUUUUCAAUAGUGAAUGUGUAAUUGUGUGAGAAUAUUGUGUAUGUUUGUGCAUUGUUUUUAAGACUGUAGGAAAGUUUGCUGCUUGUCUGAGGCCUAAUCAUGUUAUGGUUGUUAUAUUCAUUAUGAAACUGGAUUAUUGCAUUUAAAACAACUUAAAUUACAGGCAAAUGUUUACUUUACUAAAAUAAAGUAAGUCUUGACACCCACACUAUACUGUAUGUUUGUAGUCCUAUAUUUAUAAUUUCUGCGACUAUUUUUAAUGAUCGAAUGUUUCUGAUUGUAAGAGGUCAUGCCCGUUGUGACGUGAAUCCUGCAGUAAGAGUGUUUGUCCAGCAGAGUGCAGUGUUGUUAUACACUGUACAGCGCACAUAAUACUUGAGAGACUCAAAUGUAUGCACUAUUAUUCAGAAACACAACUUUGAGACAGGUGUGGAUUUAUUUUAUUUCUAAUGUAUAUAUUUAUUUUUGGUUUGGCAUUUGUUUUUUAUAUUUAUUAUUCCUGAAAACAUGUCAGCUGUAAGCCAGCUGUAAUAAUCGGUUAAGUUUUUUUUAGAAAUCGAUGUUAUUUGAGGACCCAGCAAAUAUUUGUGGAUAGCACUUAUAUAGCAUAUAUGUAUAAGCCUAUCACGCUACAUAUGAGCCUCAUAUACAAUUUGACAUUUACGAAAGGGAGACAGUACUUGUGUUAGUGCUUAGUGAAUGCCAUGUAUGCAUCCAGUAUAUCCCUGUUGACAGAUGCAGUUAUAUUAUGGAGACAAGAGAUGUGAGUGUGGAGUCACUGAUAUAGCAUUAGCCACACAUCAGAACUAAAUGUGUUACAUGGAAAUUUAAUAUAGGGGUCACAGUGGUCCCAUGGCUGACCGGUCAUCUGCAGUUUCAACAGUGAAAAAUACAGUUGUGUUCUGAAGCUGGGGGGGAUAUAUAAUUUAUUGCCUACAUAACUUUUUCAUUUUUCUGUCAUUAAAUUGACAAAUGAUUAUUUAAAUAGAUAAUACAAAGAAGUAUUAUUUUUUUGUCUUCAUUAUCAGCUGGAUAUUUUAGGCUCAAAUACCCCACUAGACGGGGCUGGUCUAGGAGUAAAAAACGGCCCUGGACUUUUUGGCCAGAUGACCAGUCCACCCCUGCCCCUAGACCUGGCCCUGAUUUAAACUCUCACCCUCAUUUGCAUCAUAAUAAUUUAAGGAGCAGAAACACCUAAGAGGAAUUAGCUUGCUUGACUAUAGUGUUUUGCAUCUGUAAAUUUCUGUUAUCUGUUAAUAAAGUUGUGGCCUAAAGGUUAGAGAGUCGGACUUGUGACCAGAAGGUUGCCGGUUCAAUUCUCAUAGCUGGCGGGUAACGACUGAGGUGCCCUUGAGCAAGGCACCUUACCCCUACUUGCUCCCCGGGUGCUGCAGUGAUAGCUGCCCACUGCUCCGGGUGUAUGUGUGUUCACUACUCUCUGGAUGGGUUAAAUGCAGAGGUCACAUUUUGGGUAUGGGUCACCAUAUCUGACAAAUAGAUCACUUUCAUUCAUUAAAGGCAUGAUUGUGAUAUUAAAAAUGAUUUUAAGUCAAUCAUAUUACACUUUAUUUCAGAUUAAGUAGUUUACACUUUAUUUUAGAAUAAAUAGCUUUUAUGAACGUGCUGUAAGAAAAAAGCAUUACUGGUGUACAUCUUGGAGACUAAGGACUGUCUGUGAAACUGGGCCUAAAUGUUUAUUUACACUCUUUCAUCACCUUUUUCUGGUUGGCCUUUCUUUUUUCCCCUCCAAAAAUAUUAAACGAAGAAUGAAUUGGCAACCAGUCCCGGGUCUCCCCAGCUUUAGAGUGUUUCCAACAACAGAACAUUCCUCUGGAGGUCUCUGCUAAACAGCCACACUAAAGAUCAAAGCUCUUCAGUUUACAUCAUCUUUAAAUGCUUAUGUAAUAACAAAAACGUCAUGAACAAUGACUAUGGCAAUAUAAAACUGAGAUUAUAUUGCACUUGGACAGAAAUGAAGAUUUGUAUAGUCAACAGGCUGGUCAUGAACAUGCACUUAGAAUAAAAGACGACAUAUUAUGUUUUUUAUUUACAAAUUUUUAUUGCCUGCUGGGUCACACCAAGUUUCCCCCAUUAAUUAUUUAACUUAAAUAAAGUUAAAUUAUAAAUUAUUUAACUAUUAAGACUAAUAUGGGAUUUAUUUGUCUUUGAUCCAGUAUUGUCCUGUUACUACAGACAAACAGCACCUUAAUCUUCUUUCCUGCUUUCCUCUUCAUUUUUUCCUUUCUCUACUCAUUCUCCUGUAUCUCACCCCAGAGCUCUUCUAUCUCCACUGCCAGCACUCCCAACCACUUAAGCCAUUGUGAAGGCUUAAUUGGUGUUCAUUAAAAUUUCAGGGCUGGCCGCUCGAUGGCAGGCUGUCCUGUGACAGAACAUGAAGAUGAAGUAACUGUAUGAGCAGCAGAAGGCCCAGAGCAGACUUACUGCACAUGCUCAGUACAGCUCGCAGACCAACCAUCAUAGUCACAAAGAGUUCACUUGCACUUUAAAGUGGAGGUCUUGUCAGCAAGGUGAGUAUUAAAAGCUUGUUUCAGACACAUCUUUAUAUUGUUAAAAAAGUUUUGAUUGUAUAGGUGUUGCUGUAAGAAAGUGAAAGAAUACAUGGGAGCAAAUGGAGCCAUGUGUACACAUCAUUGGCAGAUGGAUUCCAAUGGAUUGGUGGAUUCGAAUUGUCGUAAGAUACAAUUAUUUUGUGUUUAUAGGAUUUGUGCAAUUUUAGUAAGAUAUUGUCAUGCACAUUUUGAAUUCUUGAAGGACUCCAAAACCAACUACUCUGCGUUUCCAAAAAUAUUUUUCUUCCCUUCACUGUAAAAAAAACUAUUAAAAAUUAUUAUAUUAUAUGGAACAGAAAAAUUCUGUAAAAUUACCUUUUUUUAGAGAACCAGCUUUGGGUAAUUCAAUUAUUAAUAAAUAAUUAUUUUCACCACUGCCAAGUUGUUACCACUGGUUCUAUAACCAUUAAGUGAUAUUACAGCAUUUCAUAUUUAUAUUUAAUAAAGCCCUCCAGACUUCAAAUGCCUCUUUAUGUUUUACAUGGUGUUCUUUAAAGGCCAGGCAAUGGGCACGAUGUUCUCAUCCCAGCAGGGGUGUAGCUACAUGGUGGCCAUGGGUGGCCACAGCUACCCCUGAAUGAUGGAUGGCCACCGAUCUGGCCACCUCUGUUGUGCAAAGCAGUUUUAAGAUGCAUGUCGGAGUUUACGGAGUGCUGCGCAGAUCAUUUAGAGUAUAUGCACUGAAAGUAACCCUGACGCACUGACGCAAACAGUCUAUAGCUGAACAGCUGCUAAGUACUGGCAGGUACUGUCUGUGUACCAUGGAAGUUCAUCGCGAGCAGAAGGAUCAGGUCAGUAAAAUCAGUCUUGUUUAACUGGAUUUCAUUCAUUAAUUACAUUUUGGCGAAAGUUUAAGUUGGGGUACUGCAAUGUUUAUUUUCUAUAAAAAUGCUAACUUACUGCAAAUGAUAGUUAGCAAAAUAUUCUUAAAUAAUGUUAGCACAUGAAAGCAUUGCAAAUAAAUUGUUUACUUUACGUUCUUUGUGUAUGUUUUUGACCAGCAAACUAUGUGUAAUGAAGAAUUGGUGUAAAUUACAGUAGAAGUUAAAGAAUUUCUGUCUGUAAGGAUCUUUUGGUCACCCUAAUAAAAUCACUGGGUCUUACCUGGCCACCUCUAAAAAAAAGGUUCUGGCUACGUUCCUGCAUCCCAGUCUAAACUGGAGGUUGAAAGUCAGGCCUACUGCCACAAUAUAUUGGUUCACUGCUGAACAAGUUCUAGAGUCAAGAUAUGUUUCUUUAACAUCCACAUUGUCUGUAAUCUCAAAGGUGUAACGUGUGUAAAUGUACUGUAUGAAGACUGUAUUUAUCAAAGCUACAAAAGUGGAAGUUAUGAAGGUUAUGAUUUCACAUAAACACAGGUGUAGUAUUGUAUGUGUGAGUCUUGCAAUUACAAGCGAUGCUGUAAAUACCUCAUUUCCAUUGGGUCUAGUUUUGUUUAUGUACCUCACAUACAGCUGGCUCUAUGUGGGCAGAGGCUUCUGACUGUAAUGAUACCGUUUCUGACAGAGAAUAGCAUCGGUGAUAAUUAUGUGAAGAACUUUGUGUUCUGAUGUGUGAACGUGUCUAAUGAAUUGUAGACCCAAAUAGCCCGUAUGAAUGUAACCAGGCAGCAGAAAGGCAUGGGAGAAAUGGGCUGCCGUUGAAAGCAGAUCACAUACUUGUGUUGCUAUGGUUACGGUCCCUAUUAGGUAACUAGGUUGCCAUAGUGUCUGAAAAGAUCAAAGCUCAGCAGCACAGCAGUAAGGAACUAGGGGUACAUGCACUCAAAUGGAGAAAAACACACACUUAUACACGCACUCACGCAGCGUCGCACAUGCACUGAUUUCUUAUAAAGCUACAUAUAUUAAAAUGCAUGUAAACACAGUAGAAAAACCUUGAGAAAAGUUCAACUGGCACAUUCUGAACUUUUGAAAUAUUAAUGGACAAAGUAUUAAUGACACUUAUGAAGUUCUGAUUAUGAUACAUAUUAAAAUAUGAUAUAUAAUCCAUGCAGAGUUAAACAGGGACAAAAAAUAGGUAAAUGAAAGUUAUUAAAUAUUUUAUUUAUUAUUCUUAAACUUAUUGCAGUCAUUAGAAGUCCCCCUAAAAACAAUGUUAGAGAGUUCAUUUAAAAUGCAGCCAAACUGAGUUAAUUGCCAUUUUUAGCAACAAAAAUGGUCAUUUGUUAGGAGCGUUAAAGUGCCUAAGAAGCAUCAUCUAAACAAAGAAUAAAGGUAGGUCUUUGUGUUAACCAAAGUCAUGCUUAAAUAGUUUAUUACCACAAAGGUGUUUUUAUCUCCUUUUUCAAGUGAAGUUUCAAACUGAAGUAUUAUUUACCAUCAACAUCAUCAUUGCAAAACGUGCUGUUUGCUUUUAUUAAUCUACUGUACCCAAGAGUAAGAAUAACCUACCAAAGUUUAGACACAUAUUAUAAUAUUUUGUAAUACCAUAAUAUUUACAAAUAUCUAAAUGCUUGAUGAAAGAUUUAGGUUCAACUGGUUGUUAAAUAUGAAUACAAUAAGAAGACUAAAGAAAAUUUUAAAAUUCUGAAAAAAAUUCUGAUGCUAUUUACGUAAAUUUUGAUUGUUAAAGGAUGCCAAAUAUCGUAAAAACACAAAAAUAAAAAGACGUAUACACUCUUAAAAAUAAAGGUGCUUAAAAGGUUUUUCACAGCGAAGCCAUAGAAGAACCAUUCUAGGUUCCACAAAGAACCAUUCAGUCAAAGGUUCUUUAAAGCGGAUGUAACACGCAGUUUCUGCCAAUCUCAUAUUAAUCUUGAGUACCUAUAGAGUAGUAUUGCAUACUUCGUAUCUUCAAAGAAUCUUUAGUUUGAUCACAUGUAUAAAAGACAGAUACAGCUGUAUGAUUAUUUCCGAACACAGGCGAGAACUGAACGCGUGGGACUUCAGAACGAUCACACAAUACAUCAUCGCAUGAGCCCUGAUUAACUUUUGAUUCACUAUAAGUUUGUGUUGCUUACCUCAUGCACGUACACGCCGAUUGCAUACAAAACACAGACAUAUGACUCAGUUUCACAUACCGCGUGUGUUUCAUGACCGUCAUCUUUUAACGUUGGGACUGCUCCAUCUAUCAGUUUCAAACGAUCUGCAAAUCCAGCAUUAUAUCCACCGAUUCUAUAACAUUCCUCACCGAAAUGCAGUGAACAAACAAACACAGCUGAACUUCGUGAACGCAGUGCUCUUUCUCUUGUUCCAGCUGGUUGACGUGUGCGCAUGCUCCUUCUCCCGCUCUCCCUGGUUGACGUUUGGGCAAAGAGUAUAGAUACCAAGAGGUGAAACUCAUUAGAACGUUCCACAGCAACACCAGUGCCUUGCGUUUCUGCUAUUUUGUGGUGAAAUCCGAAAUUCAACUUGAAUGAUGAUAAUACAUGAUGACAAAAGCUUUGGCUCGCUAGAAACCAUGUCACUGUUUCCCAAAAACCACCAGAGAUUCGGCUCUUGGUAUCUAUACUCUUUCGCGGUGCUUGUUCUUUCAUCUGGCUCUAGCGGCGGGUUGAUGCAUGGGGGUGCUUUUCCAGGAGAAUUGUCCAAUAAGCGACUAAGAAAAGUUGUUACGUAAGGGAAUUUCAUGUUUGAAAACAACUUUCAAAAUCCUAUACGAAUGCUGGGGGAGUGCAUCGAGCACAGAAAUACUACGUCAUACGUCCAACUCAUUUUUUCAAACCAUGUUAAGCAUGAGAAGCCAGCGCGUUUAACAUUGUAAAGAAGUCAAAGUUCUUUAUGGACCCAAAAGGCUAUGGCAUCAAAGAACCUUUUAAAGCACCUUUUUUUAAGUGUAUCUAUGUGAAAGAAUCCUUAUUCAACUGAACAUUGAAUAAACGUUUAUUUGUAAUGUUGACCUAUACUGUAGAUUAUUUGUAGCCUUGUUUUGCCCCUUUUUGUAACGUCACUUUGAUACAGUUGCUUCUGCUGCUUGAUUGUGAAAGUACACAAGAAUACAAGCAACUUUCUGUUUGACAAGUUUCACUGCAUUUUAAUAACGUCUCGGUUUAACCAUAGUGUAUUGAUGUCCUUGCUGGCUUCAGAAAAAGAAAGAGUUAGAUUGUAAUCAACAUAAUAAAUACACUUUACACUCAUAAAUACACUUUAACAGCUCAAGAUACAAUUCGUCCACUAACGUUAACAACUCAAUGGAAUGUUAAAGUUUAAGAGUGCGACAGCAAACAAAGGCAACUGAGGACUGACAGCAGCAGCAGCAGCAGCAGCACAACAGAGAGCAACAACAGUUUGACCCUAUUAAUAUAAAGGCAGCUUUGUGAAUAUUUGCUAUGAAUCACAAAAUUUAGUGGAUACAUUUGAUUUAAACCCCUCUAAAAAUUGCUCUAAAUAUUCAAUAGCAAGCAUGUGCAACACAAAAAGCAUACAGGCACGCAUACAAAACCACACAUAUUAAACACGCAUGCACUCAGAUACACAGUUUACACACCACUAGACCAGGUUAAAAACUUGACAGUAGUAUCAGCCACCAACAAAAAGGGGGUGGAUGGUUGGGAAAUGACCCCCUGAAAUACAUUAAAAAUUUGUAGAAACAGGUCUGUGUUAGGCCAUUCCGCACUGUGCAUUCCACUCAUUUAUGUACAUGAAACACACUUAUAGAUCAGAAUCACGAGGAGGGAGGAGGGGUGUUCUGGGCCAUGCACACAGUGGUCGGAACGCCACGAUUCAUGACACACACUGAGUCUGCAGGCUGCUUGUGCUGGACCUGCUGAGAAGCCUCUACAAAGAUGAAAAAGAAGAGAGACAACAGACAAGUUAUUACCAGACACCCAGAGAACAAAGACAGGUGAAGAGGCAUGACGUGCAGAAGGGAGAUGGAGGGGUCUGGAGGAGAAGGAAGGGAUGAAUGAAGACCAGAAGGUGACGUUAAUGCAGUCUGCUAGCAGGCACGUUUACCAUGCAGGCUUUAGCAUCAUACCUCGCAGAGCAGAACGUAUGUCGGACCGGUUCAUACAUUAGUUUCCGAGAUCAAAACUUCAGCUCGUUCAGCAUGCAGGUUUCCUUCAAAUGUUAAUGGUUUAAUUCAUCACCAUGCUCAUCAGUACAGUCUCCCAUGCUGCUCCACCUGAAGACACAUUAUUAUUGCGUUUUGCAACCUUCCAGUCUUUGCACCUGUCAACUUCAGGUCAAAGAGAGUAUUGGUACAUCCAAUGAGAGAAACAAAAAUAAAACAAACAUUCCGGGUUUCAUACAAAAUUUAUUUCAUGCUAUGGUUGUAGUCAUGUUUUCCUGUUUUUCUACGCGGUUAUUGUUGCAUAACAAGUGCAUGCAUGUUUUUCCAAAGUUCUAAAUUGCAUACAAUUUUCUUUUAUUGUAAAUAUACAUCUGUAAUUUUUGCUUUUCUUUGUGUACCUAAAAUAAACCAGAGAAAAUGUGAGACACAUCUUGACAUUUUUCCUCUUGAUUUUUUCCUCAAAAAUAACACUGUCAAAAAGUCUCUAAACAGUUGCUCACUAAAGAUUUCCACAGGAUCUAUCCACUUACAACAUAAAACAGAAAAAUAACUCGUUUUGCUCAGUUUAAUCUCUAUAAGACCCAGAAUAACAAGCAUGCCAGACAGACACAAUUUAAAAUUUUACAAUCUAUCUCACGUCACCACUUUUGUGUCAUUCAGAAUUGAAGGUCAAUGUGACCAGCGCUGAGUCAUACAGUUUGUGGUUAAAACAAAGGACAGUUAAAGACAAAAUGAAGAAAUCUGUUGCUAAAAUAAAUAACAUGUCUCAUUAUCAAUGGCUACAUGUAAAUUCUGCAAAAGUCAAGAACUCUUUAAAGAAAAUAUGUUUUGUACAGAUAUUCAUAACAGAUAUUUUGUCUUUUUUAUGUAACACCAUGCAGCUCAUGCUAAAAUAAACUAAAGAGUCCACUGCAUCUGUAACUGCAUGUUCUACCAUUAGUAGUGAUAGUUUGAUUAUAAAACUCAUUUUCAUUGUAUUGAAGCCAUCCAUUCAUUGCACUCUUUAAAUUAUAUACAAUCCUUACGUUCUUCCUUCAAAAGGUCCAUGAGGUUCCUCAUACAGCUGUAGAGCAUUGAAGACGCAUCACUGAUUCUCAAAAAAACCAUUUGCCAUUGUAUUGACUAAUAAAAUCCUCUUGACUAACAAAAUGGACACAUGUCCCUCCGUUGGACUUCAGUCUCAAAUCUCUCUGGUCACUGUGGAUUCAAGAAAAGCUGGAGAAGGGAAAACCAAUGUUUUGGUUGCCCUUCUGAGAUUCUGCUUCCUUCUCAGGUCACUUUGAGCACCUCUGACUGCAUAUACUUAACUAGGGCAGUGUCCUCUUUGCAGGGAUCUGCAGUAGAAAAUACAGGGGAGGAUGGGGUUGCUCAGGGUCAUCCUGUCAUUGGGCCUUGUUUUCAUUCAACUUACAGAAUGAAGAGGAAAUGAGCUAAAUCAGAUGUCCUAUUGAUUUUUAUGGUGAAAACGUGGGUUGCUAAUGUGAGGCAAAAGAGGUGGAGAAAGAGAGAUGGACAGAAACUUACAGAGAGAAUGAAAUAACUGGAGAGGAAGGAGAGGCAUUUGCUGUAUACAGCAGUAAAGAAAAAGAGGUUUGAAGUGAGAAAAUUGUGGCUCCUGAAAAUUCCUAUCUCGGGUCUUAUUAAAAAGAGGAGAAGAAGAGAUGGGGAAGAUAAUUCCAUUAAAGCAAAGGGGAAGUCAAAU